CCACGCCUGUUCUAUCUAUCUCCCCUUUAAGUAACCAAAUCACCCCCUCUUCGAAUUAGUGUCGCGUCUUUGACCUUGGCCUUCCUUUGGUCCCUACUACUGCACCAUUCAAAUUUAAAUACCACUUCUACUUAUUCUUCAGCCAUUUAAUAUAUAAGCCGCCGCCUGAAUCCGCCACGAGAGCCGCCGAGCUUGUCGGCGAUCAUCGGCGCUUUCUAUUUCAUUCCGUUCACUUCUCUCCUUUGGUAUAGUUGGCAAUUCAUUUGUCCUGAUUAAAGAUGGGCAGCCAACCAGCUCCAUUUUCAGAUAUUGGCAAAAGAGCCAAAGAUCUUCUGACCAAAGAUUACAACUAUGAUCACAAGUUUACCCUGUCAAUUCUGAGUUCUACUGGAAUGGGCUUUACAGCUACAGGUUUGAAGAAGGAUGAAGUUUUUGUUGGUGAUAUAAAUACAUUGUACAAGAGCAAAAAUACUGUUGUGGAUGUGAAAGUUGAUACCUAUUCUAAUGUGUCUACCAGAGUGACUGUCAAUGACAUUUUACCCAGCACUAAAGCAGCAUUUAGUUUCAAAAUACCUGAUCACAAGUCUGGCAAGCUGGAUGUGCAAUACUUUCAUCAUCAUGCAGCCAUCGAGUCCAGCAUUGGCCUCAAUCCAAAUCCUCUUUUGGAGUUCUCAGCUGCAAUUGGAAGCAGUAAUCUUAGUUUGGGCGGUGAAGUUGGAUUUGAUACUGCCUCCUCUUCAUUUAUCAAGUAUAAUGCUGGGAUUGGCUUGAACGAGCCAGAUUUCUCUGCUGCACUUUUACUGACGGACAAAGGACAAACUCUUAAGGCAUCUUAUGUUCAUUCAGUGAAUCCCUUCCAUUCAGUUGCUGCUGAAAUGACUCACAGGUUUUCCUCCCUUGAAAACAGUUUUACCAUUGGAAGUUCUCAUUCAGUGGAUCCAUUUACAGUGGUAAAAACACGAUUCUCUGAUAAUGGUAAGGCUGCAAUGCUAUACCAACAUGAAUGGAGACCCAAGUCGCUGAUAACCUUUUCAGCUGAGUAUGACUCGAAGGCCACCCAUGCAGCAAACCCAAAGUAUGGUAUUGCUCUCGCUCUGAAGCCAUGAAUGUGAAAUCACUUUCUAUUCUGCUCAGCCACUUGAAUUCAAGAACACUUGUAUCGUUUUAUAUUUUUUUUCCCUGAGCCCAAGGAAGGUUAAGUUCUUACCACAACAUAUUGGUAAAACCAAAAGAUAAGUCAAUGAUGAAAGGUUCUCAAGUAGUGCUUGGGAGAUUGAUUGAACCCAAUUUUGAUAAACUGUUGAAAAAAUCACGAGAUCCUAAUACCAUUUUUUGCAGUUGAAUUUCCAA